AUGCAUUACCCCUUCGAUCAAGGUGAACAGCAAGCAUGGACCCAGGUGGGACAGCUGCUGGUGGCCACGGCACUGUCUUCAAUUAUCGGACUUGAACGGGAAUGGAAGCACAAAAGCGCCGGCUUGCGUACGAAUACACUGGUCGGGCUAGGCGCUGCCCUGUUCAUGUUGAUAUCGAAACUGGGAACAUUUGACGUUCUAGAUCGCUCUCUGGUGGUGCUUGAUCCAAGUCGGAUCGCCGCCCAGAUCGUGUCCGGGAUUGGCUUCAUCGGUGGAGGGAUCAUUUUCAAACAGCGCAACGAGAUCCGAGGACUGACUACUGCAGCCGGAAUUUGGCUGAGUGCAGCGGUUGGGGCUGCCUGUGGUGCCGGACUGCUCAGAUUAGCAAGCGUUUCCACCGGCUUGUACUUUGUCGCUGUGCUUGUCUAUCCAACUCUGCUGCAUUUCGUGCGGCGAUACCUCGACCGGAAAGAUACCAGAGAGAUCCCUGCUGUGAUCCGCUAUCGGACCGGAGCUGAUGGGUUGCAGACCCUGCUCCUAACCGUGAUGGAAGCGGGUUUCCGCGUCCGGGCGAUAACCCGGCUGGAAGAGGUACUUAUGAAUCAAUCUUCGGCCGAAGCACCAGGGGCAGAUAAUACAUACCCGUCGAUUUCAAAUAUCCCGAGGACACCAAAAGCACCUGCGGCACAUAUUGAAAGGAUCAACCGAAUCUUUGACGUCCAUCUUACAUUAGAUGGCUCUGGCGGUGCAGAUCGUUUGAUGCAUGCUCUAUCCCAACUGGACACUGUUAUUUCAGUUUCCAUUGAUGAUGAUGAAGGAGAAUUCGUCCAGGGAGUGUGA